AUGGCGAGAAAGGAAACGGAUGCAAAUCGAGAAAGCAAAGAGCUGCACUCUCAAGAUGACGCCGAUUCCGCACGUGAUGAAAAAGAGAGAGGGGUUGAGGCAAAAACUGCAAAAUCUCCAGUUAAGAUGAGGCAAAAUAAGGGGAAAAACCUACAAAAAGGCCCAGCUGAAAAACGACGGUCCAUGGAAGCACAGGAAGAAUCUCGAGAUAAAGAAGCGAAAACUGCGACGGCUCAGAAGAAGGAUCUGAAAUCCCCGGCCACACCAAAAAUUCCAAGUCCAAAUCCAAGUUCCAACAAAGGAAACAAACAGAGCAGGGAGAAAAAUGAGUCGAGUGCUGAUAAACUGAGUGGACGAGGGAUUAGAGCAAAGGUAUUCACUGAGUUUCUAAAGAGACGCAGAGAAACGAGAGCGCUCUCGUUUCUCUGCGUCUUUCGAAAAUGCAAAAAUGGAUAUAACUCGCGCUGGGAAAGACCUAGAAAACUGAAGAAACCAUCUUGCGAAGCCGACGUUAAGGAGUCUUCCUCAUCACCUCCGAAAACCGACGCUCAGAAAGAAGUCGUCAAAGAAUCAUCAUCUACUUAUGGCUCCUCGUGGCACAGUGCUCGUCCUCAAACUACAAAAAAAGAUUUUCAAACUCUGGAAGAGCAUAUCUGCAAAAUGCCCAAUUUUCAUGGAUACAUUUGUAGAGAAGACGUGACAAUUUUGUUGAAAAAUUCGGGUGAUUGGCUGGUACGUCUUUCGGUUCAACCGUGUAAGGAGAAUGAGAAAAAGGCAUCGAAAGGAGCCAAAAGUGUGGAAAGAGGAUCGAAGGCGAGAGGGUCCAAGAAUCGGUCAAAGGACAAUAACAAGGUUUUUGUGAUUUCGGUUCAUAGUAGGAAAGCAGUGUCUCCUGGAAAAUCGAGUUGUCGAAAUCUGGUAAUCAAAACCAACGAUGGGAAAUUCUCAAUCGAUUCCAUAAAAUGGUUUAUGAAAGUUGCGGAUUUCUUUUCAUACUACCAGGGCACAGUAGCCACUUACAAAGAAUCCGAAUUCCAACUCCUCCAUCCGUGUCAUCUCUCUGUUUGGGAAUUCCAUCAAGACGACAUUGAACUAAUGUCCAAGAAACUUGGAGAAGGUGCAUUUGGAGAUGUUCGAGUCGGAAGAAUGACUACAAAAGAUCCAAAAAAGACUGUUGCAGUUGUUGACGUGGCAGUGAAGAUGUUGAAGAAUUCGUUAGAAUCAAUUACAAGAGAUCAAGUGGAUGAGUUACUUCAUGAGGCUAGAGUUAUGAGACGUCUAGAUCAUCCAAAUGUUUUGAGGACUUAUGGAGUCUCGGUCCUUCGUGAACCAUUGUAUCUGAUGAAUGAGUUGUGUGCGAAUGGCGCUCUUCGUGAAUAUCUAAAAGAGAAUCACAAAACGAUAACGAUUUCUGACAAGCUGAAUUUCGUUCUUGGAGCUGCUCGUGGUGUUGCAUAUCUUCACUCCCAACGGAUUAUUCAUCGAGAUUUGGCAGUGAGAAAUGUGUUUCUUACUGAGAACAUGACGCCAAAAGUUUCUGAUUUCGGACUAGCGAAACUAACGGAUCGUUACGAAAUGAAGGAGCAUUGCAAGAUUCCGGUUCGAUAUUUGGCCCCAGAGACCUUAGAGCUGUUUGUGUUCACACCGAAAACCGACGUCUUCUCAUUUGGAUGCGUCAUUUGGGAGAUUUUUGAGAAUGGACAGCAACCGCAUGACGGGAAAAAUGCACAAACGAUUCGGGCUCAGAUCAAAAAUCGAAACAUUGAUUUUCUGCAGGUCAAGAAGAGAGAAUUUCUAAAAUUGUCGAGUUCGGCACCAGAUUCACUUCGAAAAUAUGUGGCUGAAAAGGUUUUUGUUCCGGAUCCAGAGAAUCGAUGUUCAAUGACAGGGAUUGUUCAAUGUGUGGAAAAAGUUGAAAAAUCGGCUAAAUGA